GAAAUGAUGAAUGAACAACAAGCUGCUGAAAUAUUAGCUAAUCUAUGGGACAUUCAGAAUAAUACAGACAAGCAUUGGUGGGCUGUCAGAAUUCAAGAAGCUCAGGCAGCAGAAGCAGAGCAAAGACAAGCUGCAAAAACGGAAGCCCAAAGACAGCAAGCCCUCCUUGCAGAACAAGAAGCUGCCAUCUCUGGAGAACGAAAAAAGAACAAAUCCAAAUACACACCAAUCUGCAAUAUAGACAUCCCUUCCAACUCAAUAAUCCUCCCAUGCCAAUACACCGUCUGGAAAAUGAAAUCAAGAGAUUACUGUGAACUGUUCUACUUCACUAACAGCAGUCUAGAAGAAGCAUCCCAUACCAUGUUCACGGCUGAUGAAGACACGCUCGUUAUGCUUCCCACAUCUGAUGGGUUACACAAAUGGAUACCUGCAGACGCUGCUCAAGACCCCAAAGCUCAUAUAGUGAAAGACGAGAAUCUAAUCUGGGAGCAAUUCAAUGAAGCAGCCCCUCACAUGGUAACUUUAAUG